ACUCGAUCUAGACUCUCGCUUUCUCGUGUUGGGAUCAGCCAUGCCGUUCACAGGCCAAACAAAUUCGCCGGCUGUGUCGGAUUGGAAGACCACAAUGAAACAUCAGACUCAAUCCCUCCUGGUUGUGCAAAUGUCUCGUGGUAAAGUUCGCGGCUUGCCAGGAGCUGCUGGUCAGCUUGGUCCGAAGGAUUCAGCUCUCUGCAGGGUCUCCCGGAAGCUCCCUUCAAGUGCUGCCAACGAGCUCCCCCGCGCCCUUCAGACAGAUACCCUCCGAAAAUGUCAUUGACUGCGGAAGCCGUCAUCAUCAUCGAUCGCCUCCCUUGUUCUAGAGCUUCAGACUUUCGCACCACAUUCCACAACGUUGCAAGGGGUUGUCGUAUAGCAAGUACUCAAUAUGGCGACCGAUGCGAUCAUUAUCCGAAUCAUUCCUUCGGCUCCUGUUGAUGCUCAGACCUUUCAAACCGUGCUUGCAACCCUCAAGGUUGAGGUGUAUGAUCUAUCUCUCGAUGACAGUCAAACUGGAAUUCUUAUUGGCAUUGCUGAAGGUUUGCUUCCAAUCGCUGCAAUGGAAGCAGAAAUCAUCAAUGAUCCUCCAAAUAUCCGUCGAUUGAAGAAGGGAAUAUGGCAGCACUGGGAACCAAACCCUCUCCAACAUCCUAGCCUACCGAUUGAUGCGAAUAAUGUGACUUGGUUCUCAGUCGCCUCCGCAGUUGUCCUGUUGAACCGACCAACAAGGCUCGAGUACGGCUCUUUCGAUCUCAAUCUGAAGAUAACGAGAAAUAAUAACCUUGCUCUAUCGUCCAAAAUCGAGUACAACGCAGAGCCAGUGGCCACCAUCAGAUUAGAUCCCCCUCUGGUGGGGCGCCAAUUGGAUGCCUUUCAGCUUGCUGCUGCUGCUUAUAUAUCUGUUCCAGCCGUUGGCCUCUCUCACCUCGACCCCGACACAGCAAUUCCGGAUCUCACGGGCUCCGGGCGAGUGUGGAAUUUUACAACGGUUGUGAAUGCCACAAAUGCAGUGCUUACCCAGGACAGACGCAUUGGCGACAACAUAGACGACCUCAAGCUAGAGAAUCGGCAACACCCGCUGACGAUUGCCGAAAGCAAGCAUAUCGCGGCGGAAAUAAUCUGGAACCGCAUUAUAUUUCCACCGCCACAAUUCCCUGCCAUUGGAAAACUAUACGAAUGGUACACCAAGGCCAACCCGACCUCUGUUCCGAGCGAUGAACCGGGACGAAAACAAUUCGAAGGCGAAGUUGCUGCAUACACCGCGACUCAAAACAGCGAGGUUGACCGCGUAGCGAAUUUUGUCUUCGCAGCCUCGGCCGCUAUAUUCGCGGAACGCACCACGCGAUCCGCAACGCAGAUUGGGCUCAAUUUCGCUUUUCGAGGGACAUCCGGCCCGACAGAUAGCCCACCCAGUGCAGUUUCCUAUCGUGUCGGGCUAUCUUGGCCUAAUGCCUCGGCCGGAUUUGUCGUCCCAGCAGCCUACUUUUACGCACUGGGUUCCAGUGUGCCUGCUGAGAUACUCCCCGAACAUAGAUAUUCCACUGCCGUAUCCACGAACGAAGAACAAAACAUUAUUGUGUUUCAAUCGGCGAUUGAGUCUGGUAUAAUACCUGAAAAUCCUGGACUAUCGACUGUACCCUCCCCGCCUGCGGUUAACAUUCACCAAGCGGCCCGGCGUCUGGUUGCCCUAGGUGGUUUCCAAGAGUCACUCCCAGGGCUGCCUAUCAGUUCGGCCGACAGUUUUUCGUCGUCCACUAGAGCACUCUUGGAUGAUUGGUUGAGGUUUUCUCAGCCUACGAAUGGCCUACUGCUAGAUUUCUGGGAGGGGUUGUCGGGUGCCAAUGUGGAUCACCCCGUUGCCUAUGUGGUUCUUGUCCUUUGCCACAUAACAGGAGGAACCAAGCCUCUGAUUGAGGCAAUUAUCGCCAACAGGCCUGAGGGUCUCAGUGCCAACAACAUCACCCAAUUACGAAAUGUCACACACACUGAAUGGCGUCAGUUCUUCGGGGCGGCUCCCGCAGACCCAUCAGUCCUAAAAUCCCACCCUGAGCUUCUUCCCAGUUUCACACUUCCAGGUACCGUUGAAGAACGAACAACAGCUAUCAUUCGUCGUAUCCAAAACUUUUUCUACCUCGCGCCAGAGCCGGUGACCGCAGGGCCAACUGUCCCUCCCAAGCCCGCGCCGGUGUUCGAGAUAAUCGGUGCGGAUAUCGUCUCCAGAUUUAUCACUAUCUACGAGAGUGACUUCGGGACUUUUACCUUCGGUGCUGUCCUGGAUGACGACCGAGUUAAUGCUGCGACGAGCGAGCUGUUCCCUGCCAAUAAAGCGGCACAAUCGCGCCUCCGCAGUGCUAUUGAGAUCAUCAAUGACCUGACACGAGUCACAGAAGGCACCGGCGACAUUAGAUUUGCUUUGAUGGAAAGUCUCUACUCUAGGGGAUUCGUAUCUGCAGAAUCUAUCGCGCGACUUUCUCUAGACGCCUUCCGACGCGCCCUGAUUGGAACUCCCGCAUAUGCGAGCGCAUCAAGGAUCCGGACAACAGCUCGGAACAUAACCGACGUGCCUAACCACUCUGAGCCGCGGCACAAUACUUUCACCUCUAUAAACCCCGACGGUGACCUUGUCAACUGCAUCCCACCUGAACAUUUGUCACCCCUGGGCCACAUAGCGUAUCUUCACGAGAUCCUGACCCUUCCGACUGUCUACGGAACUAUCUCGCAGGCCAUUGCAUCCCGCCGCGGGGAUCUUGAAGACCUCCUCGCGUCGGAGUCGAACCUGAACGAAGAGGUGCCGCUUAUCGAUAUCGUAAAUGAAAACCUUGAAGCCAUUGCGAGCCACCCGUCUGCACCGAUAGGGCGAAUCCUCAACACAGGUAGUCCGUCAACCCCCUUGACGGAUCUCCCAGAGCACUCAUCACCCGCGCUUGAGAUCCGCUCGCCGGAUGCCUACGAAUCGCUCCGCGAAUCCUUUGAGUCCCCCAGCCUACCCUACUCCCAGGCCCUCGAUGCAUCCCGGUCAUACCUGAAGACGAUUGGCACUUCGCGCUCCGAAGUUAUGCGCAUCUUUCGUGAGCACACCACAGAGUUCCCUAUUGCGGUUCCGGAAGAUAAGCGACCAGUAGACUUUGAGAAGCAGCGCUGGCGUCUACCAGUCAAUUUCAAGGUUGCUCUGGAGUACUUGGGGAUAUCUCAAGAAGAGUAUGAUCUGCUGUAUAGCGGAGAUGCACUCUCUAUCGAGAAACUGCAGACAGUUCUUGGGUAUGAGUGUCGAGUGCCCAGCCGGCCUCCCAGCGAUGGCUCGUCUGAAGAGGAGCCACCAGUUGAGGAACCCCCGGUUGAAGAACCACCCGUUGAAGAGCCCCCUAUCGAGGAGCCUCCGGUUGAAGAACCCCCAGUCGAAGAACCCCCAGUCGAAGAACCCCCAGUCGAAGAACCCCCAGUCGAAGAACCCCCUGUUGAAGAACCUCCUGUUGAAGAACCUCCUGUUGAAGAACCCCCUGUUGAAGAACCUCCUGUUGAAGAACCUCCUGUUGAAGAACCUCCUGUUGAAGAACCUCCUGUUGAAGAGCCGCCGGUAGAGGAACCUCCUGUUGAAACGCCACCCGAACCUGACAACGAGCCUUUUGGUUGUACUCCUCUCAAAACACCUGCCCCGGAAUGGGCGGCGAAUCAGGGCUACGCGCUCGGCGGCUUGGUCCGGUUCGGAGGAAGGCUUUACAAAUGCCGGCAAGCACACACUUCAUUGCCAGACUGGAUCCCCAAUCGGGUCCCCGCAUUGUGGGUAACACCACUGCCUUGCGGAAUCACUGAAUGGCACGUUCAGACUGAGUAUGCUGUCGGAAGUAUCGUCCGCUAUAAUGGCCGUCUUUAUAAGUGCCAACAGGCACACGCAUCUGACGCGCCCAACUGGACUCCUGAGAACACUCCUGCCUUAUGGGUCCUUCAAGGGCCUGCUCAGGGUUCUGUGCUCACCCUAUCGCUCAUAGCGCACGCUGGCAGCUUUACACAAGCUGCGCUGGACGAUAGUUGUCCGCAGUGGACUUCUGUAGUGACUCGACUCGACAAAUUCCUAUCGCAGACCGGAUUGACAUACUGCGCGUUUCUCGAGGUUGUGAAAAGCCGAAUUGCUCGCAUACCUUUGACCACUGGUGAAGUGCCACGUGCGACAUAUCCUGACUGUGAGCCCUGCUGUCUCAAAGGCCUCGAGUUGCAGUUUAGUACAAAAGAUGUCGUCCCCGAACUACGCAAGCUCGUCGUUUUCGUCAGGCUAUGGCGGAGCUUGAGGGUUGCUUUCCCUGGCUUGUUGUCCAUUAGUGAACUUGCGGAGAUUUCCCGUAUUUUAAAUCUUUUUAAGGAUUCCACUGGUGCACCUUCCCCCGACUUCAUCCGCCAGCUAGCGUCGCUGAUCAUGUCUCACUGUUGUUUUGGCAUACCAUUGCAGACGUUGCUUCAACUCUACAGCGCGGAGGGUGCGCCCAUAGCGCACGCCCUUGACGAGCUACUUGAUGCCUUGCAAGAGACAUUGGUCGUUGAAAGCUAUUGUAAACGACGUGGUCCCGAGUUCAAGAAGGUUUUGGUCUCUAACCUUGAGACCCUUAGUAGGUUGGCAGGCUUCUUUCACCCAACAAAUUGGUUCGACUGCCCGACCAACACUAUUCGAUUCCUUGAGGUCCUUGCACAUAUCUAUAGGUCCGAGUUUAGCGUAGGCGAGAUUAGUUAUCUGUUUACCCCAACCCCGCAUUUGCAGGGCGACGAUCCCUUUCCGAUGCAAGACCAACAAGAGGCCGCCGACGAUCCACUGGGGUUGGCAGGUGAUACUCAAUUCAGUCUCUGGGAGCUCCGCAAACAGCUUUUGCAUGUGGAGCUUACAGAGGAAGCGAUAUGUGACUGGACAUGGCAUCGAAUUAUCGCAAGUCUAGGUCGCCUUGGUAUCGACGGUCGUCAACAGCUUCAAGGUCUCGCGGAGCAUUUCUUCCCUAUCAUUCUCCCUACCCAUGACUGCUCAGUGGUCAGGCCGCCUGGUCCCUUCCGUGUUCCUCUCGCAGGGAUUGAUCCUAGGGCAUGGGAGUCACUUCGUUGUGGACCUUUAACGUAUCUUGACGGAUUUCUAUAUCUUUCCCUUCCCCUGCGAGACGCCGAGCUGAUCGACCAAGUACGGCACAUGAGACCAUUGACGCCCCAUGAGCAACAAGCCGUCCAAAACUUGUAUUUCCUCCCACAAACACUGCUUUCUCCACUGGCAUUCCUGUUCGAGGAUUUCGAUCAAGCUGUCAAGCAUUUAAUUCGUUGUGACUCGGACCGCGACCGAUGGCACUUUUUCCAAGCGCAAGUCGCCAGAUUCUACGCACGCUGCCAAAUUAUCGUGCAUCACCUAGCAGACCAUGUUUCGUCUACCAUACACCACAAGCCAGCCGGGGAGAAAGAUGAAGCUCUCGCACUGGAGAUACUGCGGAACAUCAUGGCUGAUGAAAACAAGUUCGCCAAUCCGGCUACCAGCUGGGAGGAAACCGAGGCCCCCAGUACGUCCUCCGAGGAGUUCCUCUGGCAACCAAAGGUUUCCGGGACGUCAUUCGCUGCUAUACUCGGCCUGCUUGGUACAGGACUCAUCGAAGAAUAUGAUGUCGAGUCCCAGUUGGUUUGGCGCAAUUUGCGCUCGUCUUUGGAUUUCUUCGGUGCUACCGCCCGCAAUGAGUACAACUGGCCUGUACCGACAAUUCUUCCAUCAUUCCAGGUGCCGCCUUCGCUGCAGGAUAAUAUGACCAUCACUGUUCGAAACGGUCUAGCGAUCAGAGAUAUCGACGAUGUCGUAUUGGGCGGCCCGACGCGCUUUGCGCUUGCCAGUCGAGGGUCGUUGCUUAUCGAGCGAUCGGGCCACUAUAUCUUCCGAGGGCUGCCGGCGCGCUUUUGCAUAGAUGACGAACAGCAUAAUACCGAUCCUCACAACGAGUAUUGUGUCACGCUCGAGAGGGGACAGAGAGAGUGGACCGUCUGUCAACAACGUUGCGACCCGGAUGGCCAUGCAGUGCAUCUACCAUGUGAGAAGAUCUGGCUCCGAAAGGGGACCUACCAGAUAACUGUGUCCUUCGAGCAACUGAAGCCAGUAUUUGAGGACGAGCACCCUGAGCCGGUACAUACUGGCAUUAAAAUUCAGUACAACGGCCCCGACACAGAUGAAGAAUUCAUCACCAUCCCGCGAGAGAAACUCUUUUGUGUCUUCAAGACAGGCCGCCUCCGGGACGGGGUAAUCUUCCCUGGUAAGGAGGAGGUUGCUGCUGCUCAAUACCUCUCUGGGCGGUAUUACAGUACAUUGAGGGAUAUACGACGCACCUACCAGCGCGCGUUCAAGGCCCUUUUACUCUCCGAACGUCAUGACCUUUCGGCUGUUCCGCCGCCUGGUCACCAUGAUCAUAGCGAGAUUGGAUUCCUUCUUUCCCAUCCCUAUAAUUUCAGCGGGUUCUCCUACUACCGACCGGAUGCGUCUGGCCCAUAUAUAACCCAUCGUGCUGGUUUCGACUUCAAUUUGAUCCCUGUCCUUGAUCCCUACCACUCCCCCGACCUUUCGAACCCUACAGAUCAGGAUGUCCGCGCGUAUCCCAGCCCACAGCACCAAGCAGCCCUCUUCGACUGGUUGGAGCGGCUGAGUCAAUAUACCGCUAUGCGCGAAGAGCACCGCCGGCUAGGUCGAACCAAGGCCCUAUGGCAGUUGUUCCUGGAGGCCGAUAGCUAUAUCACAACAAUUCCGAACCAACUUCUGCUUCACCUUGGAGUGGAUGUUUCCGCUGCGAACCUUGUCCUCACGUACUACACUGAGUCUAAUGGCAGCAAGGUCCUUCAGGCAAGCAAUCUUGUGGACGAGCGCUGGGCGUUCCGGGUGUGGCAAGCGGGGACUUGGCUGCGGCAUAUCAAGAAGAGUUUCUACACCUCCCUCAUCGAAACUGCCUUACCGUACCAGUGGGCUUCCAAUAAUCCAGGCACACCCGUUGCCGGAGCCACGACGUCUGGAAACUUCAACCUCGUUUCAUUUGUUUCAUCGUCACUUUACGGGUCGCGCGGGAAGAUCGACGUGUCCAAUGGUUUCGGAGACCUCUCCGCGCUGAACAACGGGCUACGGCUCCGCGCUCGUUCUGCCUUGGUCGACUACCUUACUCGUCGCCGGCGUGUUCCUUUGGAUGUCUUCUCCACCGGCGAGUACGCGACGAACGCAACUGACCUGAGUGGCCUUCUCCUCGUUGACGUGGACUGUUUGAUCAACGAAAGGGUCACCAGGGUUGAGAACAUUAUUGUCGCUGUGCAGUCCCUGAUCCAGCGAGCAAUUCUCGGACUCGAGCGACAUUUAACUCUCCCCCAGAACUUUUUUUUAACCUGGAAGAAGCAAUUCGCAACAUACAAGCUUUGGAGAUCAUGCAAAAAGCAACAACUGUAUCCUGAGAACUGGAUCCAGUGGAAAGACCUAUCUCGGGCGAAGAAGUCGGAAGGGAUCCGGUUCCUCAACCAGGAACUCGCAAGGACCGCGCACAACCUUGUUCUGCCUGCAGAAUCGACUUAUUUCCAAGGCCUGCCCGACGAAUAUGCUCAAAAUUCUUCCUUAACUGCAAUCCAAAGCAGAGAGCGCUUUGCCAUGCAACCUGUUCGAACCCUUCCUGAUGAGGGGUUGAGAUUGAUGGGGACUCCCGGGUUCGCUGGUCGGCCCUCGUGGGUCGCGCCGAUCCGACAGGUUGAAUAUGCGAGGGCAUCCACGACGGGUGGAGAUGGACUUCCGCUCACAGCUGAAUCAAGCAUAUCUACAGUUGAAGCAGGCUCUCUAGCAAGUGAAUUGCCUCUUGACGCAAACUCUGACGCGACCGGUCUUGCACCAUCUGGAGAAAUCCCACUGUGGCUGCGCGCUGCCAUCCGCAUGGGGACACAGUUCAUUCGAGUGCCUGCCGCUGGCUUCCCGUCAGGUCUCCCCAUCUCCGCCCCCUGGUCCAAAAACGCGGAAACCUCAUGCUGCUGCAUCCAGCAAGAUGACUACCCCCUCAUUGAUGAAUACUGGUUCUGGGUCGCCGACGGCCAUCACUUCAAGGAUAUCCGUGAAAGACAGAGUGCCGACAUUGGUUCAAGCGGCCCAUUGGAUACGCAGUCUGACUGGGAUAAGCCGACCGAAUUACCUAAGUUGCUGCAGUGGCCUGACCACCCCACGGUCUACUUGUACUGGACAAGAUUCCGAGCCGAGCAAUAUGAGCCUCCGCGCUGCUCUCAGGAAGGAGUGGAGGUCAGCGUUCAAUCCAGUACUAUCACCCGACUGCGCUUCAGUAAGCGAAGCGAUGACUCCCUCUUCUUUGAGAUAAAUGGUGCUGUGUCCCGACCGGGGUACCCAGAUGGUCAGGAGGGAUACCAUGUCGGAUUUCGGUACGACAUCGUCCCCGACCAGGCAAUCGUUAUUCCUGAACUUCAGCCAGAAUCCAAUGACGGGGACACCGAAGAUAGUGGAUCCCUCAGCUACCCAGCUCCCCUGGCCGCAUUCCCUUUCUUCAUUUACUUCUCACCUGGGGCGCCGAGCAUUCCAACAUAUGAGGACGCAACUGUACUGUUCAUUGCUGAAACCCUCCGCACGCGAUGCUCCUUCGAAGAAGCCCUCAAGUGGUGUGAGAGGCUACAUAAUCCGCUCAAUGGCAUGAACAAGUGGGAGAUAUGCGGGUCUACCGACAGCCCAUCAAACCCUCAGCUCUUGGCGUCUCCGAUCGUGUCAUUCAGGCGCGAUAAGACAUGUUGCUCACAGUUCACCCAGGACUCAAUGAUUAUCCGGCAGAGGGCUGUCACCCUCCUGUACCUAGACAUACUGCUGCAAUAUUGCGACUCCAAGGUGACCCAGUCUAGCAAGGAAGGCUUCCAGCAGGCACUGGUUAUCCUCAACUGCAUGGAAAAGAUCCUCGGACAAUCGCCACAAACGAUACAAGCGUCAGAUUACGCCCGUUCGCCGGCAAAUAUUCUUUCAUUCGUAGCGUCUCCCGCUCCAUUGAACGCCCGAUUACUGGAACUGUACGACAGCGCCAAGGAUAGAAAGUCGCACCUUCAAAGUCUUAUCGCCAAGUCCUCCAAGCUUACUGUUGCCCGGUCGGACGGAUCUCUGGGACUGGGACUACAAGCACAUGCGGGUGAGGUCUCAGGUUCAUGCCCAAGUUUGGCUCUUUCCCAGUGUGCUGAGAAUGCAACGCAUUACCGCUUUGCCUACCUUCUCCCGAAAGCGCUUGAAGCUGUCGAAUUUCUUCGUGGCCUUGGCAACAAUUUACUCUCAGCCUUUGAGAAAGGGGAUGCUGAGUAUCUAUCAUCGCUGCGUAUAACACAUGAAAAUCAGAUCCAGGCUCUCAGUCUUGAUAUCAAACAGAAUACAUGGCGGGAAUCGGACUGGCAACUCCAAUCACUCGAGAAACAAAUGGACCACGCGCAAACACGUCUCCGCUAUUUCAAGAACCUCAUCGCAAACGGACUGAAUCCCAAAGAAGAGAGAUAUCAGAGGAACACAAUUCUUGCAAACACCUCCCGACUCUCGUCCACUGCCUCGGACCUUAUUGCUCAAUUCAAUUCUUUAGUUCCAGACAUGUGGUUUGGUGUGGCCGGUGUGGCUGGAACGCCCCUGAGCUUCCAGCAGAUCCCUGUUGGCAAUAAGUUGGCGACGAACUUUAGCACGGCCGCUCGCAUACUCAACACCAUGGCUGAUCUUGGCAAUGGGCGAGCAGGAUUGGCCCUCACUGAAGCAGGCUGGGAUCGCCGCGAGGAGGAGUGGCGGCACACUGUGGAUACGACGGGUAUUGAGAUCGAGCAGAUCAAGAGACAGAUACUUGGCGCGAGACGUCGUUGCGGUGUGAACUUGAGGGAACUCAACAACCACCAGCGACAGAUUGAGCAAUCCCAGGAGGUGGCAGAUUUUGUCCGCGAUAAGUUUACAAAGCAAGACCUUUACUUGUUCCUUCAAGCACAAACGUCACGCCUCUAUAAUCAGGCCCAUGAACUGGCCGUCAGCGCAGUCGAGGAUGCGCUAUACGCCUUCAUCUACGAGCGCGGCGACUAUGGACAUUCUUCGCCUUGGACGAAUAACCUCAUCAGCCCCAUUAUUUCCACGGCAUUGAGUGGUGGAAAUUUUGACUCUCUUCGCGAGGGACUCAUGGUGGGAGAGCGGCUGGAGCUGGCCCUUCGGACGCUGGAUCGAAAGUAUAUCCAGCGGAAUGCCCGCGAAUACGAGCUGACUCGACAUAUAUCUCUUCGGCUCCUUUUCCCGCUGAGCUUUCUUCAACUCAAAGUCACCGGUCGGACUGUGAUUACAAUUCCCGAGUGGCUAUUUGACCUUGACUACCCGGGGCAUUAUAUGCGACGCAUCAAGAACGUCAGUAUCACGAUUCCGUGUGUGACUGGCCCAUACACUGGUGUUCAUUGCCGUCUCCGCCUGCUCGAGAGCAGCACCCGUAUCGAUCCCUCGUUGCAUGCUCCGGCUAAGUUGUGCUGUACAAAACGUACUACGCGAAACCCCUCGACGCCCGCCCGCAAUUGUUAUUCAAUUGUAGAUGCAGAAGACCCGCGGGUCAUUCGAAGGUACCAUCACAACCUACGCCCAGACGAGCAAGGUGGGAUGGAAAUCGCCACUUCAUCCGGCCAAGGGGACGACGGCCUGUUUGAAGCGAAUGUACGAAACGACGAGCGGUACCUGCCUUUUGAAUUCUGCGGCGUUACGGACUCAACCUGGAGCAUCGAGCUGCCUCCAGAGAGCAACCAGUUCGAUCUGCGCACUCUGAGUGAUGCCGUCCUGCACAUUGAUUACACAGCCCGGGAGGGCGGGGAGGCCCUACGACGGGCCGCUACGGAAAGUGCGCAGCGUUGCCUUCCAGAUCAGGGCCUGAUGUAUCUUGACGCCAAGGAAGAUCUCUCCGAUGCAUGGUAUGAAUGUUUCGCACCGCAGCCGGCGGUAAGAGAGAAACCUUAUCGCCGCCAACCUCACAAGCACGAACCUCGGGACCGCGGCCGACAUUCGAAACAUAGCUGUCCAUCCCAUGAUAGGAGGCACUUCAAUCUUUCCUUUUCCAGAAACCUAUUCCCCUUCAUUCCCCCAUCAAGAAUCGAGGGGUGCGGCGGUCAGAUCAAGGUGGGUCGAAUCGAUAUUUUCAUCGAGACAGAGCUACAUUGCUCUCGCAAUUCCAGUUCCGAAGAAAGCUGCGGGUUGGCCAAAUCGGCAAGCCUUAGCGGUAGGCACGUUAACCUCGUCUUUUUCCGUCGGUCUCAAUGUGGUCCACAUCUUGACGUGCCUUGUGUCGUGCGUUGCGAGUGGGAAGGCGAUACCUACCACGGCGUCGUCACCUUCAAGCCUGCCGAUGAGCAUGAUCAUAUGGCCGACUGCGACUGUGAAAGGGUUGUCCUUUCGAGAAAUUCGACCGAGGAUGUUCAGGUUGGGACGCUAUGCCUCCCAGCGAACGUGCAAGAUUCAGGGCUCGCGUCUUCACGUCAGUCCGCAGAGGAAGAGCCGCCAAUUGCCGUUCAGAAGAUAUAUUUCAUCGUUCACUACGCCGUUGUGGGGCUGGGUGAGCGGUCGGAUAGCAAGUUAGGGCAUGGCGCCAAGCUGGUAGGGCUCGGCGUCUAG